AUGAAGAGAAAGGCCAGUAGCAAUAAUAAUAAUAAUAAUAAUGAUAAUAAUAAUAAUAAUAAUGGUAUUAAUAAUGGUAGUAAUAAUAAUAGUGAUGAUAAUAAUGAUAAUAGUAAUAAUGGUAAUAAUAACAGUAAUAAUAUUAGUAAUAAUAACAAUGAUAAUAAUAAUAAUAAUGGUAAUAAUAAUAGAAAUAAUAAUAGUAGUAGUAAUAAUAAUAAUAGUAAUAUUAAUAAUGGUAAUAAUAGUUAUGUUAUUAAUAAUAAUGGUAAUAAUAAUAGUAAUUUUUUUCAAAUGUAUAAACUGCAUACAGAUACAAUUUGUCAGAAUGUAGCUUUUAUGGAAAAUUGUAGUAAUUUUUUUUAA